CCAUAGCAACCUGGAAUGUUUGUGGUUAAACUACAGACCCAAUUUAAAGGUUACUUCGCUUGUCUUUAGAAAAUCGAGAAGACUGCUUUUUAAAAGUAGGAACAAUGUCUGGAGUUACUUCAGCUGAAAUCUGCCUCACUGCUGAAAACCUUGAGAGCUCUCUGGCAUCGGAUCGCAUGCUGGUUUACUAUUUCAAUGAGUUCUUAAAUCUGCCGUCUUUCUCACAGGCUUUGAUGUACAAUCAGGAAUCGGGACUUUUUGAGGUGGUUAAUCCAGAAGCUCAGAUUGUCUCCGGGAGGAUGAGCGCGGCUCUGAAACUCUGUGAAACAUGGCUGCAUUCUGGUGACCUGCCUGCGAUUUGCAGGACGCCACCGGACAACCGUUAUUCUGUCCAAUGCAUCGAUAGAGAGCAAGGCAUUCAGUGGAUUAAAGAGAAAAGAUUUCCCUUUUUCCUUCGGAGUGAUUUCUACCAUGAAUACAGACUUUCUAAGCUCUUGUUACAGUGGAAUCAAAACUUCUGCAGUAACUGGUUCAAUAAAAAUGUUCUUGAGGGUCUUAGAUGCCCAUAUUAUCUGGAGGACAAAUCAGCUAAACCAGCAGGUCCAUUAGAAAAGCACAGAGCAGAUGAGAAACUGCUGAAGAACCAGGCUGACAGUCAAAUGUCAAACGUCUUCAGGAGAGACGAAGAAGAAAACCAACAAACAGCAAAUAUAGAUGGAGCAGGAGUUGAAAGGGGGAGGAGAGACAAUACCCAAACAGGUGCUCGGAUUUGGUGCUGUAACUGUGGAAAUAGAGCAGGCUUAGAUGACUUCAAGGUGUUUUUGCAAGGAAGACCAGCAGAGAAGCUCCUGAAUUUGUGGAUGGAUGUAGAGAGACUGAGAGCGAUUCAGCAGACGGAGCGAAAAGACAGGUAUUUGGCUGUAAUGAGGAGUUGGUAUCUGCACAGCAGCAGACGCCUGAAUGUGGUGCAGCUCUCCACAUUGGGACUGACUACCUCCCCCUGCUGGACAGAAGAGAAGCUGCGCUCAGUUCAGCCCCUUCUUAUGGAGCCCCUCCUCAACUACUGGCUUCCUCUGUUCUGGACAUCAAUGUCUGUUCAUGGGGGACGUGGGACAGAGACAUGCUGCUUCCCUUUCUCGGGCAUGAAGCCCUGCUGGGGCUCUACAUCUGCAGACAGUCUCAACCCUGAUCUGUGUUUGUCUGCUUUCUCUCCUUCUGUUUUUACUCAGAUGUCGACCACACGUCGUUCGUCAUUAGGUGGAGAAAUGAAAAGGAUGCUGCUGUGUCUCCUUGUUGAGUCGCUGUCAGGCCUUUAUUUCACACUCUUCUGUGAACAAGCUGGAAACCAGCUCUGGCUAAAUGCAGUUUACUUCUGCAUAGACCUACAGCAGUACCAUGAACUCUUCCACCAGGAUGAACGGGACCCCUACAGAGAGCAGAGAGAGGCACAGCUCCUUUACUCCACGUACAUUAUUAGCUAUGCCAGGAGGAGCAUUAAUGUUCCCCCAGAAAUCGGGAGGGCGGUGUACAACAGACUGCAGCCUGCUUUUGAGGAGCUGUUUGAUGAGGUGGAGGAACACGCACUGGACAUCCUUCUGGAGCCGUGGACGCUGCUGAUGGAGGGGGACAAAAAAACGCUCCAGCAGGUGUGUGUGCAGGAAGAGGUGCGCUGCGUCGACAGCCCCGCGUACAGAGAACUCCAGAAGCUUUACGAGGCGUCGGUGCAGCAGCUCAAACAGUCUCUUCCUCAUGUGCAGCAGUGGGAGUCCAUGUUUGCUCCUCCAUCUGUUCCUCCUUCCGCUCCCCGCCGUUAUCGUUUAACCUCUAUACUCGGCCUGCGUGAUGAGGUCGGACACUUCAUGGCUUUCUUACAGAAACAUGAUGCAAGCAUCCAUUUGAUGUGUUGGUUGGACCUGGAACGCUUCAGGAAGACUUCCAAGAAGGACAAGGCCUACAGAAAGGAGAGGUUAUCUCAGAUUGCCUUCAAGUACCUCAACAAAAACUACUUCUUUGGCCCAGAUAGCCCUGCUACAGCAGAGCAACAGGAAUAUAUACUGCACUGGGUGGGUGGACUGGAGCGCAUGAAGGAAGGACGCUUCUCUGACCCGGUGGUGGUGGGGAUCCAGGAAAUAAUCAGGAAUCACAUCGAGGAGCGAUGGAUGCCUCUGUUCCUGUCUACUGAAGAGUUCAGAGAGCGCCAGAAACAGAAGGAAAAGCUGCAAACGGCCGAAAGGUUUUCAGUCCACCGAAGGAAAGCAAGUAAAGCAGUUUUGAAGCCUGGGCUCUGGUGGACCUCCACCAUAAAGAUCAUGCUGUUUCGGAGAGCUCUUCUGCACCCGUCCACCUGCAGCCAGUUCCAGCACUUUGUCUCCCUGAAAGGAAACUUUCUGAAAAAUGACGUAUGUUUCUGGGUGGAGGCACAGAGAUACAAGGACCUCUAUCAUUCGCACAGCGAUCUGGGCAUCAUCCAGCAGAAGAUUUCCACAAUAAUCAGCUGCUUCAUCAACUCCUCCAUGGCCCCCAGUCUCCAGAUAGACAUCCUUCCUGAUCAGGCACAGCGCAUCCUGGAGCAGCGGCAGCAGCCCGGCCCUUACAUCUUCAGAGAGGCACAGAUUUCAGUUUUUAGGGGACUGCUGAAGUUUUGGGAUAAAUUUCAACAGCUGAGGGCACAGGAACUGGAGAGACAUGAGGAGGUUAAGAUGGACGAUGAUGAGCUGGAGGACAUGGAUGGAAAGAGUUUGCUGAGGCAACAAAGCCAGAACCUGAUGACGCGUUCACAGCCGCCACUGUGGUGCAUGGCAGGUCUGAGGAGGAAGGAGGCGCUACUGAAGAAACCAAUUCAGAGUGAGAGUUCCUCCUCCAGAAACUCUGACUCCUUUGCCGACUGCAGCAUCAAGACGCCGAGUAAAAGGCAAAAUGAUCGACUGCCAUCAAAAAUGUCCUCAAAGCAGUCCGGCAGAGAGUAA